UCAUGUCAGAAUAAUAGAAAUACAUUGGAAACAUCUUAUCAAGAACCAAGUCUUUAUUAACUACAAAUUACUAAAAACUUCCAUUAAAGUAAGUUUAAAACUUAUAAUUAAUAGAGCACCUAAAUUUGUAGAGAACAUCAUUGUCUAUGCAGAUACAAUAACUCAACCCUUGGUUUAAAAAGUGACUGACACUGUAGAUGACAACAUAAAUAGAAGUCUCUAGAUAGUUCAAUCAUAUGAGAAGAAUUUAAACAUAGCAGAACAAGGAUAGAAACUCAAGUAAAAGGGAAAAGAACUUACUGAUUAAUUAAGAGAGAACUCAAAGAAAGCUCUUGAUUAAGGAGUUGAUUUGGCUAAGAACAAUGGCGCCACAUAAUUUUUACUCCAUACUUGUGACAAUGUAGCUAAUAAAGUCUUUAGUUCAAUUGAAGGCAAUAUAACCAAAAUGUAAAAGGCUAUUUUGAAAGAAACUAAGGAAACAAAUUCAUAGUAAACUUAUAAUUAAAGAGCUGUUCAAUUAGCUUAUAAUCUUACUGAAUUAACUCAAGGACUCUUUACAUUAUUGAAUAAUGAGAUUCAUACUUUUAAUGUUUAAAAGGUUUAGCAAUUUAAGAUAUAUGUUACUCUCAAUUUAAAAUAACAUAUGAAUGCCAUUCUAUUUACUUAUAGAGUAAUUGUCAUAUAACCAAUUUCAAGUCUUUAUACAACAUCUUUAAAUGAAUUAAAAAGUUAGCUUAUUGUUUUAGGAGAGAAAUAUAAUAACCAAGAAUUAUUACAAUACAUAAUAGAAUAAUUAACAUAACUCAAAGAAUAUAUUGAAACUAUAUAGUUUGAAUAAUUCUAAGCUCUUCUAUUUACAGCUUUAAAAUAAUUGAAUCUCUUUAAAAUUCUAAAGUCUUAAUACUAAAAAACAAUUCAAACUUAUCAAAAUAGUUUAGUUGAACAAAGAAAAGUAAUAGAAGAAUAAGUAAAUUAGCCAGAAGAAGAAAAUGGUGAAACAUAAAUUAAUGAAUGAUA